CACUAAUAAACAACAAGGCAGCAAAAAAUAACAUUUUUUUGUUGUUGGGAAGAAAAGAAACGAAAACUGACGUCCGAGGCGUCGCCUUCGUUUUGCUGUAUUGUUAACUAAAUUGUAAUUGGUCGCGAAAUGUCGAAUCAAAAGGCGGACACAAAUAACUCCAUCGUUAUGGCUGACGACGACGACGAGGAUAUUCAAUACAUGGGGACCACUGUGCUGCCCAUAGUUAGCAUUGAUCUCAGCGGCGACAUGCCGUCCACCUCGGCUGCUGCAGCAGCCCGUGACGCCAAUGGCAUUGUUGGCGCUGCUCCUCAGACAGGAGCCUCUGCCAAGGCCACCACCAACGGGGAAGCAGGUCCCCCCGCUUUGGAUGGUGCAUCCAGCACAGGGGCCGCGGCCUUGGAGUGCGCCAUCUGCCUACAGACUUGCAUCCAUCCAGCCCGUCUCCCCUGCGGCCACAUCUUUUGCUUCUUGUGUAUUAAGGGCGUUGCGUAUAAGAAUCGUCGUUGCGCCAUGUGCCGUCGCGAAAUCCCCUCCGAAUUUCUGGAUCAUCCCACGCUGGUGAAUGGCAUCGAGGACAUUUGCGUUACCCGCGCCACCGAGGAUGGCUAUCAAUGGUACUACGAGGGUCGCAACGGUUGGUGGCAAUACGAUGACCGCACCAGCCAGGACAUUGAGGAGGCCUUCAAGAAGGGCGAAAAAUCCUGCUCCAUACUCGUGGCCGGCUAUGUCUACGUGGUCGAUCUGGAGCAGCUUGUGCAGCAGCGUCAGAACGAGCCGACCCGUUGCCGUCGCGUGAAAAGGGAUCUGGCCACCAUACCCAAGAAGGGAGUGGCCGGUCUCCGAAUCGAAGGCAAUCAGGUGACCAGCGAUACUGUGUUCAGCCGACCAGCACCUAACCCACCGACGACCAACAACACAGCAGCAGCAGCUGCCUCCAGUUUUAUAUCCACAAUUGCCGCCACAGACGCUGCCAUUCGGAUUGCCAGCGACAUCAUUGGCUCAACGCUGGCCCAUGCAGAUGAGCUGACACGUGGACUGGCGGCUAGCAACAUCAGCGAGGAUCCCAGCAGCAGCAGCGGUGAGCAAAUCAUGUCAAACAAUCCACAGGACUCAGACACAGCAGCAACAGCAGCACCAGGAGCAGGUGCAGGUGCAGGUACAUCGCGCUCGCUUGCCUCCUCACACUCCAGCUCCAUUCAAGAUCUCCUGUUCAGCGCCACCGAGGACCUGUUGAACACCCAGCAGGUGAUAGCCAGCAACCAGCACACCAUUGAACUCUUCGAGCAGGCCUUGAACGAUUUCCAGGCCCUCACCAUGCACACCUUUGUGGACUCCAGUGACGAGGAUGAUGCUGAUGAUGAUGAUGAGAACGAGCAGGAACAGAAUGAUACUCUGGUGGAGUUGGAACCAAGGCAUUCGGAGGCGAGCGAGACGCAGCCAAACAGCAAACACGAGGGACUCUAAACAAUCACACACAAAAGUACACAUUAUAUUCCCCCUUGCCCCACUCACACUUAAAGAAAAGAAAUGUUCCUUGUAGCAGAUUUCACUAAAAAAAAAACUGAAGGGAAUGUUAACUAGAGAAAUGCAGCGCGUACCUGAGUAUAUAUAAAUAUAUAUAUAUAUAUAUAUAUGGAGAGCAGAACAGAACAGAAUAUGUCUACAGGGUAAACUACACAUCACACAAAACAAAUGCAUAUACAUUUAUUCCUUUCAAUCAGAUGUUAUAUCAAAAUAUGAAUAGUUUAAUGCGUGGAUUGGGAAGGAAGUAUCUGAUCCGAAAUUGAUUCCGUAUGCCAAAACCAAACUAAUUUACACAUACUUAAAAAACAUUUAAUGCCAAACACACCCACACACACACAGUAUGUACUUCCCAAUCACGCAUAAUCCGCGAUAAAACCAUAGCAUUCCGCUGUAAAUACAACUAAAUAUUAUCCCGUAAAGAGUUCAAUAUAAAUUACUUGUACUUUGUCGAGCGGAUAGAAUGAAAUAACCACCAAGAAUGUUAGCAGUGAGAACGACAAUAUAUACAUAUGUACGUGAGAGUAUCGAUUUGGGGACAAUGUGUGAGAUUCUUGGAAAGAGUUUCCCCAAGCUAUAAUAAGUCGACUUUAAGUGCGUUAAACAAACAACAAUUUCUGUGAGACUUAGUUCUAAUGAUUAUGCAUUAAGUUAUCAUUAAAACCAUGAAAAAUUCAAUCUGACAAGAGGUUACAGAUGUAAUAUUCCUGAACCUACAAGAACCUACAUAGUAUAGUAA